CCAACUACGGUCGUUUGACGACGUUGGUGCUCCUGUGGCCAGUUGUCUUACGCAUCCGAAAUAAUGUACAGCCUCAGGUGAGGUCAAAUGUUGUGGAAAAGCAAAACGCGUCGCUGACAGGUGGACGGAAAUAUCUGCCUGUCCUACUCGGAAGGAAGAAAGAUGGAUGUGAACAAAACGGUGCUAUGUGAGAGCCUGGUCGUAUGGCUGCAGACCUUCAACACCCCGGCGCCAUGCCAGACCGUGGAGGACCUAACCACAGGUGCAGCCAUGUCUCAGGCUCUGCAUCAAAUAGACCCCUCAUGGUUCAGCGAGGGCUGGCUGAGCCGCAUCAAGGAGGACGUUGGGGAGAACUGGAGACUGAAGAUGAACAACCUGAAAAAGAUCCUUCAGAUGAUUGUUGAUUACUAUAAUGAGGUCCUGGUCCAGCAGAUAUCGGACUUCCCACGCCCUGAUCUGGUGCGGGUUGCUGAGCACUCUGACCCGGUAGAACUGGGACGCCUGCUGCAGCUUAUCCUGGGCUGCGCUGUGAAUUGUGAACGCAAACAGGAGUACAUCCAAGUCAUCAUGACCCUGGAGGAGUCUGUGCAGCAUGUGGUUAUGACGGCCAUUCAGGAGCUCAUGAGCAGAGAGACCAUGACCCACUUCGGAGCUGAGCCACUUGGGGACUUUGAGCAGCAGCUGAAGAAGACCAUGGAGGACCUGGCAGAGGUGAUUGCUGAGAAGGAGGAGCUUGCUCAGCGUUGCCAGGAGCUGGACAUUCAGGUCACAGUGCUGCAGGAGGAGAGAAACAGCCUCCUCGCAGAGAAUGACGUACUUACGGACCGAGCCAGUCAGCUCGACACGUUUGACAACCCCAGCACUCCGUCGGGCAAGAAGCACAGCCAGCUACAGUUUCAGCUGGAGCAGCUCCAGGAGGACAACUUCCGACUGGAGGCUGCUAAAGAUGACUACCGGAUCCACUGUGAGGAACUGGAGAAGCAGCUUAUCGAGAUCCAGCAUCGCAACGAUGAGCUGACCAGCUUGGCUGAAGAGUCUCGUGCACUCAAAGACGAACUGGACAUUCUCAGGAGCUGCUCUGACCGGGUGGUAAAGUUGGAGGCAUCGGUGGAGACCUACCGUAAGAAGCUGGAUGACCUGGGUGAUUUGCGGCGACAGAUGAAGGCCCUGGAGGAGAAGAACAUGACGUACAUGGAGAACACGGUCAGCCUGGAGGAGGAGCUCCGCAAGGCCAACGCUGCCCGCACCCAGCUGGAGACCUACAAGAGACAGGUCCAGGAGCUGCACAGGAAGUUGUCUGAGGAAUCUCGGCGGGCGGAUAAUUUUGCCUAUGAGAUGAAGAAGCUGGAGGAGAAGCAUGAGACCGUGCUGAAGGAGAGAGAGAGGAUCAUAAUCGAACGGGACUCUUUGAAAGAGACCAAUGAGGAGCUUCGAUGCACACAGGCCCAGCAAGACCAGCUCCUACAAGCAGAGAAGAUCCAGACUGAUAGUCCAAGCCAUGACAACCUUGCAGCAGAGAUGCUGCCUAUCGAGUACAGGGAGAAGUUCAUUCGGCUGCAGCACGAGAACAAAAUGCUGCGUCUGCAGCAGGAGGGCUCGGAGAACGAGCGCAUCGCCGAACUGCAGCUGCAGCUGGAAGCGGUGCACCGUGAGCGCAGUGAGCAGGAGACUGAGACCAGGUUAAACAGUGAGCGGAUCAGUGAGCUGCAACAGCAGGUGGAGGACCUCCAGAAAGCCCUGCAGGGCCAGGAGACCAAGCCAGAGGACUCUCACCUCAAGAGGAAACUGGAUGCCCACAUGGUGCAGCUGAAUCAAGCCCAGGAUGAAAUAAUGAAGAAGAAAGAGCUUCUCGAGGACCUCCAGCCAGAUGCCACUCAGAAUGCUCUGAAACUGGAGGAACUCAUGGCUGCACUUAAGAAGAAGGAUGAGGACAUGAAGGCAAUGGAGGAGAGAUACAAGAUGUACCUGGAGAAGGCUCGCAACGUGAUCCGCGCUCUGGACCCGAAGCUGAACCCAGCCUCUGCGGAGAUCCAGUCUCUGAAAAACCAGCUCUCUGAGAAGGAGAAGAGAAUCGGCUCUUUAGAGAGAGAAUGUGAGCAAGCCAAACUGAGGGAGUAUGAGGAGAAGCUGAUCGUUACUGCAUGGUACAAUAAGAGCCUGAACUUCCAGAAGCUGGCAAUCGAGUCCCGCCUGGGCGCUCGCUCCAACUCUUUGUGCCCCUCUGGCCAGUCCUUCCUGGCCCAGCAGCGGCAGGUGACCAGUUCCCGGCGGACGGUCUCGGUCAACACACCUGCUUCCUCCUCCAAGUGAAGGAAUCUUCCACCCUUUUCUCCUCUUCCUCUUCUCUGCCCUCCCUUUGUCUCUUUCUCGGCCUCUCUUUUCACACCCUCUCUGAUGUGCACUUAAGUGACCUUAAGGAAACUGGUCGGUAUCCCACAGCUGCCACUUCUACAGUACACACACACUAGCACUGAGGUCAGACACCUACACACACACACAUGCACGCAAGUACACACACACACACACACACACACACACAAAACCACCACACUAACAUCUCUUGACACACUAACAUCAAUUGAGUAAACAUAGUCUUGCUCACACCAGCACACAUAGUCCUGUAUGUUCGUAGCAAAACACUCCUGCCCUGUGACGCCUAUUGUACUAUUCCAGGGCACACCUCUUCGCCUUUUAAAGACCACUUUCAUCACAUCAAUUUAAUCAUAAUCACUACACCAGGACAAUUUUAAGUGUGAUGGCAGCCUCAAUACAAACAGGGAAAGAGAAAGCAUAAUUACGUAAUGUUGGAUAACAGUAACUUCGGGGUUUUUUUUGUGUUUUUUUAAACAAUGGCUAGCAUGUCUGCUUUAAGCUCAAAUUAUUCUAUAACCAUAGACCAUACUAUGCAGUAAAGAUAUAAGGACAAGGGGCCAUCUGUGCACAAUUUCAACAGUGUCAUUCUUAAGAUACAGGAAGUACUUAUCAUACUGCUGCUUGGCACUCUUCAUUCAUAGGACACUCGCUAGAUCAGAGUUGCUGUAGUGGCAUGGGUAUAACCUAAAUCUGGUGCUGGACACCAAUAAAGCUUUUGUUGCUUUUUUUGCUCUUUCUGUAUGAGGAACUACACAUCUCAGUCUUAAUAAAUAAUAAUAAUAAUAAAAA